UUGGGGUUGGGGCCGGGGAUGCAGCAGCAGGGCGGACCUGUGGGGUUUGAGCCGUGGCGGAGGGAUGGCCAAUGUGCGGGUGGCCGUGAGGGUCCGGCCCCUCAGCAAAAGGGAGACCAAAGAAGGGGGAAGAAUUAUUGUGGAAGUUGAUGGCAAAGUGGCAAAAAUCAGGAAUUUAAAGGUGGAUGGUCGACCUGAUGGCUUUGGCGACUCCCGGGAGAAGGUUGUGGCUUUUGGCUUUGAUUACUGCUACUGGUCAGUCAACCCAGAGGACCCCCAGUAUGCAUCUCAGGAUGUGGUGUUCCAGGAUUUGGGGACUGAAGUUCUAUCUGGAGCUGCCAAAGGCUACAACAUAUGCCUUUUUGCCUAUGGGCAGACAGGUUCUGGGAAGACAUACACCAUGCUGGGCACCCCAGCCUCUGUUGGGCUGACACCGCGGAUAUGUGAGGGUCUCUUCAUCAGGGAGGAUGACUGCACCCCGCUGCCUUCCUCCUGCAGAAUAAAAGUCAGCUUCCUGGAAAUCUAUAAUGAACGAGUGCGGGACCUGCUGAAGCAGUCUGAUCAAAAAAAGUCCUAUACCCUUCGGGUCAGGGAGCACCCAGAGAUGGGACCCUAUGUACAAGGUUUAUCUCAACAUGUAGUUACCAACUAUAAGCAAGUAAUUCAACUCUUGGAGGAGGGGAUAGCAAACAGAAUCACAGCAGCAACCCAUGUUCAUGAGGCCAGCAGCAGAUCCCAUGCCAUCUUCACUAUCUACUAUACACAGGCAAUCCUGGAGAACAACCUCCCCUCAGAAAUUGCCAGCAAGAUCAACCUUGUGGACCUAGCAGGCAGUGAAAGAGCAGAUCCCAGUUACUGUAAGGACCGGCUUACUGAAGGAGCCAACAUCAACAAGUCUCUCGUGACUCUGGGAAUCGUCAUCUCCACCUUAGCCCAGAACUCUCAAGUGUUCAGCAGCUGCCAGAGCUUCAGCAGCUCAGCCAGCGAUGGUGGCAACAGUGGGGUCCCUAGCUCUCCUUCCGGGACCAGCAGUGGCGGGGGACGCUCCCGGAGGCAGUCUUACAUCCCGUACAGGGACUCUGUGUUGACCUGGCUGCUGAAGGACAGCCUUGGAGGCAACUCCAGAACCAUCAUGGUUGCCACCGUGUCUCCUGCACACACUAGCUACAGUGAGACCAUGAGCACAUUGAGAUAUGCAUCCAAUGCCAAAAACAUCAUCAACAAGCCGAGGGUAAAUGAGGAUGCAAAUGUGAAGUUGAUCAGAGAGCUCAGAGACGAGAUCGGAAGACUGAAAGCCAUGCUGCUGAGCUUCGAGCUGAGAAACUUCCAUUCAUUGAAUGAGGGAAAGGAAGAGAAUCUGAAGGAGCUGGUUCUCCAAAAUGAAUUGAAGAUUGACCAGCUGACCAAAGACUGGACCCGGAAGUGGGAUGAGUGGAAGGCCCUUGUGGAGCAUUACAGAGUGGACAUCAACAGGAGGAGAGCUGGGCUGGUCAUUGACUCCAGCCUGCCACACCUGAUGGCCUUGGAGGAUGAUGUCCUCAGCACAGGUGUCGUGCUCUAUCACCUGAAGGAGGGGACAACAAAAAUAGGAAGGAUCGAUUCGGAUCAGGAACAGGACAUUGUCCUGCAGGGUCAGUGGAUUGAGAGAGACCACUGCACCAUCACCAGUGCCUGUGGAGUCGUCAUUCUGCGGCCGGCCCGUGGGGCCCGCUGCUCAGUCAAUGGCCGGGAGGUUACCGCCUCCUGCCGUCUGACCCAAGGAGCCGUCAUAACCCUGGGGAAAGCGCAAAAGUUCCGAUUCAACCACCCAGCCGAGGCCGCCAUCCUUCGGCAGCAGAGGCAGGUUGGAGAGGCUGUUGGUGGCAGUGGCUCUCUGGAAUGGUUGGAUUUGGAUGGAGAUGUCACUGCUUCCCGGUUGGGUCUCUGCCCCUUGCUUUGGAAGGAAAGCCCCUGUGACAGGAGAGCACUGGGAGAGCAGAUCGACGAGGACCACCAGCCACCGAGGGCUAGAGAGACACCUCACAGGUCCCAGGUUCAGCAGCAGCAUCGCUAUCUGGGGGAUGUGAGGCAGCGAAUCCUAGUGGGACAGAUUAGAGCCCAACAGGAACCGGAAUUGGACGGGGCAAGUGCCGGCCGACAGAUAAAAGAGGACUAUCAGUGGCUGCUCAGAGAAGAGACCUGGCUGCCACAGCAAGACCAUGUAGCAGAGAAAGAACUUGAAGCCUCUGUGCCAUCUGAUUCGUGGUGCCAGACAGACCCUGAGACUCAGCCAUUCCCCCGGGUCCGAAGCCAGAAAAGGCUGGUGCACCCACAGCUCCUGCGGAAACACGCACUUCGGGUGGCAGAGCAGAAGGUCAAGUGGAGAAGGGCCUCCUUUCAGCUGGAGAGGAUUGUCAAGAGGCAGAGGCUGCUGGAGGCCCACAGGAGGCCGGAGCAGCUCAGGGCACUGUGCUGGCUCCAGGAUGACCACCCCCGGAGGCCCCUGUUCCAGGCCCCCGACCCUGGUGCCCUGGUCUCAGGUCCUCAGUGUAGAAGCACAUGGACCAGGUGCAGUUCUUUGAGCCUCCGAAGGCCCUGUGGCCAGCACUCGGCCCAGCUGCACAGUGUUUUCCUGAAUCAGGAUUCCUCCACCACGUUACCUCCUCUGCCUGACCCUACUGACCAAUUAUCAGAGAAAAUCCCCUCAGAAGAGUAUGUACCCCAAGCUGCUUCCUACCCCCCAAGGAUGGUGCAUUUCAGCAAGCAUGCCCUCUGUUCCUCAGGCGAGGAGCAGCUCUGCACAGCCACGAAGGGCCUGGCCAAGAAGAGAGCCUCAGCCCCAGGCACCUGCCUCACCACGAGCUCCGGGUCUGCCAGCGAUCAGCAAAUUGAGGGAGUGGCCCUGACAGAGCCACUGAAGCUGGAGGAGCCCCAGAGGAAGGAGCAGGAUCUCCCAGAGCCUGAGAACUCCGAAAGUGAUGACAGCCAAAUAUCUGCGGACUCGCUGGCCGAGAAGGGGUACCAAAGCCCACAGGACAGCCCAGGGGACAGUUAUCUCACCCUCGGCCACAGCCACCUCAGGGCCAGGGCUCAAGCCUCUGUGAAGGGCUUCACCACAUCGUCAGGCAGUGGACUACUCACCCAGACUCACAGGAGCUUUUCCCUCGAUAGCCUGAUCGGCGCUGAGGAAGAACUGGGGGAUGAUCAGCAAGAGGAGCCUUUUCUCAGUGCUGGUGCUGCUGACGAGAUGCCCGCGGAGACUUUCUGGCGCCUGCAGACCUUCAGUCUGCCAACAGGGGACAAGGAGGCAGCAUGCAGGCUUGGUUCAGUUAGCCACAGAACCGGAGCCAGGCUGGACACUGUCCUGCCAGUGAGCGGUUCAUUUUACCUGGAGCCCCAGCCCCGCUGUGAGCAGCCUGAGUUGGUGGUGGAGGCAAGCUCCUCAGAACAGGCCAUGCAGCUUUCAAGAGGGAGCCCUCUGGUGUCCAUGGAUUCCUGGUUCUCCUGUGACUCCAAGAUCAAUCCCAGCAGCCCCCCAGAUUCUUUAUGUCCAAGUCCUAAUGGCCAGGAUUUUCAGCCCUGUGGUUGGGAGAGGCCUGGAUACUGGCGAAAUAUGGAGGCACUGAAGUCAUCAGGUACAGAAAUAGCCCUGCCCCACAGCCCUGGGGCUGAGCCACCCUCCUCUGUCAGAGGUGUGUACCCGGUCCCUGCUUCCAAUUCGUCCAGGUUCUCCCUCUGGGGCUCUUCCAGGCUUCUGCAGCCAGGAGUCGAGGGCACCUUUCAGGCCAGAAGUGUCUCUGACCCAGCCCAGCAGGGCUUCUCUGAAGCAUCCAGCUCGAGUGGGUCAAGCUUGUUGGCUGCCUCUGCCACCUCAUUCACUUAUGUGGGCAGCGCCCGUGAGAGAGACUGGGCUGCCCUUCAGCAGAAGUACCUCCUUGAACUGUCUUUUCCUGUUUUGGAGGCCACAGGAGAGCCCCGGCCAGUCUGCCCCUCCCUCCAGGAAGACUCUGGUUCCCUGUCCCAAGUUUCUGGCAGGGGAGGAGAUGCUGUAUUGCCAGUUGGUCCUGGGGUAUCUGGCAGCCUGGAUGUCAACAGUUCUCCUGUCCAUCUGUCCAAAAUUAGGCGUUUGAGAGCAGAGAAAGAACAGGACAGUCUGAGUGUUGAGGUAGAGGGUACUUCAGAUUUCUUUACAACUAGUGAGAAAGAGGUGAGUUACAGUGGAGCUUAUUCAGCAGACGUAGAAUCAUCGACUUCUGGAGCCACAAAUGCCCGGGUCUCUGCAGCCGAGAGCAGGAUAGAACAUUCCAUGAUGGAAGCACCAGAAGUCAAGCAGAACAGCUUGGAGGUAUCCUCUCAGAGUAGCGAGAAACCUGGACCAAUAACUUCCUCUGAUGAAUGUUUUGUCCUGAAGAACCCUUGUCACCAUAUCGUCACCAUAGCCACCAAAGACCCCCACUGGCCACGAGCAGAGCAAUUAGGUCAGAACAACCACCCCCCCUCACAGGACGAGAAGACAGACUCCCAGGAGAGCUCCAAGGAGGCUGGUGAAAGACGCAGCAGGCUUUCCUUCACCUUCCCAUCAGGGCCAGAGCUGUACCUCCAUUCUGCUCCCUGGAAUCCACUCCCAUCUUCCCUGCAGCCCCCUCCCUUGGAGACCUUCUACGUGACCAAAAGCCGGGAUGCCCUGACAGAAACCGCCUUGGAGAUCCCGGCUUUCAGAGAAGCGAGGAUGCCUUCCCCACCCGCCAGGGAAGCCUGGGGCUUUAGUCAUGAGCACCAAGACCUCCAAAAUGUUUACAAGAAGAAAAAAUCACCAGUGGUGUUACCGAAUUCCAAGAUUACCUCAUCUCAGCAGGUCACAGAGGAGAGGCCCAUUGAUCUGACCACCAAGCAAGUCUGCAGAGAAAAAGGAGAAAGACCUGGAAAUGUUGAAGAAGAAAGCCAUAAUUCAGUUUACUUUUUUGUCACUCAAAACAGACAUUUUCUUCCAUCUACCAAGAUAAAAAUAGGUGAAUUUGAAAAUGAAGCUGGAAUUUUAAAUAAACACAGGCUUCCAACGCUCAAGCCAGGAGAAAAGGCCUACUGCAGUGUUUCCUCAAGCAGCUGUGGGUCUAGAGAGCCUCUCCUUUGUGAAUCGGAGGCAGAUAAGGAAGAAGAGCAGGGGCAGAAUGCAGUCUUCAGACAAACCUUCAGUUUAGGCCUUGACAAGGACAUGCAAGGGGAAGGUGCUCUUCCCCUGAAGUCCAGAUUGGUACAUCAUAGAGUAAGCAGCCUGGAGACCUCAGCCCAGGAUGAGAGGCCAGCCCACAAGGGGGAAGGGAAGAAUGAACCCAAGCUUCUUAGAAAAGCUCUCCAUCCCAGAGACAGCUCCGGAGGGUUUAAGCUUCCACAGGCAAAGUCUGCCUUUGAAAGACUCCACUCAGUUACAUGCUCUCAGGAAAGAAACCUCGGUGAACGUAUGGUCCCUGCAAAACCACAAGAAACUUGGCUAAACCCCAAGGAAGAACCUCCUGGAAAGAAGCGCAAUAAAAGAGUUAAUAAUGCUGAUGAGAUGGCUAGGCUAAUUAGGAGUGUAAUGCAGCUGGAAAAUAGCAUCUUGGAAAUGGAAUCCAGGCAGAGUAAGCAGCUGUGUGCAUCCUACACACUGGGAGUCGGUGGGGAGUGCGUGUCCCAGGACCAGAAGCACCAGGAGAUGGCCAAUGAUGUACUAAGGCCAGGCAGCUCUGGAAACCACCAGUCCUUCAAGGAUCAGCCAUCUGCUCCAAGAGGGACAGCUGAUGUCACCUUUGGGGACGGUGAAGCCGGGGAGGUGGAGGUUCACAGUAGCGCUGGGAAAGAUCCCCAGGUGUGCGACGCCAGGUCUGUGAGAGGGCACACCUACCCAGCUGUGUUAGACAGCCCCACCGGGGACACUCUUGACCAUUCAGGGAUCUGUACAGUUUUCAGAGAGCCUACCGGCACUGGUGCUGAUCCAAGGAGAACAAAAGCACCGGCUGGAGCUGUGUCAUCGCAGCCCAGGCCUCAGAGGACUUCCGAGGCGGGCAGGCAGUCCUGUGGCUUGGGAAGUCUGGAGGCGCUGGAGGUUGCGAAGGGAUUUCAGGAAAGCCAACCUGCCAAAGGCGUGUGUAGCUCUAAGCAAGACGAGCUGAAAGUUCAGGGCCGAAUUGAAGAAAUGGUUGUGUCAAGAGGGAGCCUGCACGAGGGAAACAGAGCGGUCUCAUUGACUCACAAACUCCCUGGGCCGUGCCUUCAUUGGGAGGACACAUUUUUCAGCCAAGAGAGCAGCCUGUUGCUGAGCCAGCCAGACUCCUGUAUGGCUCCUCGCCAAGACCUGAGUAAUACUUUGCCCUUGAAUUCAGCAAGGCUACCAAGAAGCUAUCCUCAUGCACCUGAUGCUAUAGGCAUCCCUUCUGUUGUCUACGUGCUGGAUCCCACCAUGUUGAAAAUGCCCACCAGCCCCUUGGUAACCGGAGUGAGGUGUCAGGACCAGAGUGGGGAUCCUGGAUGCCACGGCCUGCAGGGAGACAUUGGAGGGGCCCCCUCUGUGGCACACCCUGCUUGGGCUGGGUCUGUGAUAUCCAUGGCUGCAGGAUCUCAUGGUCAGUCCAGUGCACCAGAGAGCAUUACUCUGGGGGCAGAGGGCAGGAGAUCAGCAAGCACCAGUCCCCAGGACCACAGAGGGGACUUCAGAAGCACCUCAAUGGGCUUGAGUAGCAGGGCAGGUUCUCCAGCUGAAGCCGAGACAGCUGUACAAAGAGGACCAGAGAGAGCCAGCUCCCUGAACAGGGCCUCUGGCCCACUAGAAAGGAGGGCUGGCUGCCCCUUAGAAGAGGGGAGCACCCAUGGCCUGGUGAUGAGCCAGAAGGCAGAGGAGGAGGCCAAGGACCCUGGGCCCACCUGUGGUUUUUUCUCAGCACCAGCGUCCCUGCGGCAGGUGCCUCAGCCAGAGCCCUCUGCCCGUCCACCCUCACGCCUGGUUGUUUUGGGAGAGAUGGGACAGGCCGAGGCCCAGCGGAAGCAGCCUCAUGAUGUGGUGACUAGGGGCACAGUCCUUUGUUACAGUGAGACUUUGUUAGAACCUGAAGGUUCUUCAGGGGCCCCUGGCAGACCUCAGCAUCCACAGAUGUCCCAGUCAGUGUCAGACAGGGCCAGACAUGAGGGGGAAGCACAGGGACUCCAUGUGGCACCUCUCUCUGCUGAACCAGGACACCUGUCCAUUGAUGAGAGGACAUCCGUCCUUCAGGCCACACCCCCCUCUACAGACAGCUUUUGCCCUCUGCUCAAUGCAGACACUCACCCGGGGCCACAGCGUCCCUCACGGCCUUCUUCUCGUGCUGACCCUGCUCUGGGUAAAAGCCAUCGUAACGGGAAAUUGGAACAUUUCCUGGGAGCAGGUGAACAGUCUGUAUGUCACUCUACCUCUUUUGAAAUGAUAGAGCAAAAAGAAGCAACCAGAAGAUCUUCUGCUGAUCCUUUGGGCUCAAACAGUCUUCCUCCUUCAGCAGCUGUGGAGGAGGCCAGGAGGGUAAAAACAGAGGGAGUAGAGGCUGCCUUAGCUUCUCAGGCCCCUUGUGAUGAUGCUGGUGGGAUUCCACGUGGGGGAGGCCAGUCCGCUGCCCAUCAGGAGGCUGCUGAGGAUGUGUCCUCUGGUGGUCAGGAGAGCAGCCCAGUCCAGCAAGAACCUGGGACUCUGAACAACAUGAGGGAAGGAGGUCCUGGUAACUUCCUAAUGUCUGCACAGGGAAGAAAAACAACCAGUUUGGAAAGUCACCAAGAUGUCCAGAAUCCUGGCAGCCUCUCAGGGCCUAACCAAGGCCAGGUCCAAUGCCUUGAGCCUCCCACCGGCUUGGAAGGGAGGGUGAGUCCUAAGCAGGGUAUUGUCCUGCCUGGAGCCCUGAGUGGAGUGGAACCCGAAGCUCCCUUGCAGCAGCGUGUGAAGCAGGAGGGCAGUGUCAGUUCUGGGCCGGCAGAGGACUGCAGGGCCGGCGGGGAAGGUCCCAGGCCAAUCCCACUGCUAGCUCCCAGCCCCGGGGCAGUUAGGGAGGACACCCCACACCGAUGCCUGCAGCAAAGCCCAGAUUCUGUUGUCUUCUUGGGGAGCACUGGAGGUGGAAGGACCCUUGGUCCGUCUGGGGGGCUAGGAGGCAGCAAAUCUCAUCCUCCCCAGCACCUGUGCAGCCCCCAGCCCAUUGCUUCCCAGGGCCAUGCCUCCCCUUCCUCCGAUUCACUGUGUUACAGAGUUGGUGACCUGGGCAGCUGGGCCUCCAAGGCUGCCCCACAUAUGUGCCAUUCACCCUGUAUGGGAGCCUCUAGGGGCUGGGGAGUGGACAAGAGGGGAGAGCGCCGUUGCAGGGACCCUGACAUGCUCUUGGGACACGACCUUGAACCCAAAGACAUUAACGUGGAGUUGGGGCUAGCAGACAGCAGCCCUCUGGAGCCCCCAGCUGCUGCUGCUGACCUGCCUCUUGCUCAGGGCUGCAGCUCCCCUUCUGCCCCAGAUGUGAGGACAGGCUCCCUCAGCUGCUCAGUUGCUGAUGGAAGCUCCGGGUCAGUCAGAAAUCCUGAGAAAAAGCUUGAGGAGAGGAAAGCCAGCACCGAGCUCGAGGCUGCCGCUUUCUGCACAGGCAGGAGCCCUGAGCCACCCAGGGGGUUUCAGGACAGUUGUGCUGGUGGCCAAAGUGCACAGGGCUCUCAACCCAAACCAGAACGGCCCACAACAGCUGGUGGACGACACAGUGAGCCGCUGGUGGGGCCACAACAUGGAUGUUUGGGAAACACCAUCAGUUGCCUUCCAGAGAAGACACAGCUUUCUGCGGAGUUCAGGGAUCACCGUGGCUUGGAUCCCAAAGCCAAAUAUGUAGCAAAGGUUAAGUACAUCCCCAGUCCCCAGGCUGACAGCCCCUGGGAGGAGGAGGAGCAGCAGAGAGACUGGGCUUCAGGUGGUGGUGAAGACCCUGCCUGGAACAGGAGCCCCCCACCUCCUGAGGAAGACAGCUCAGACAUCCAUCACAUUGGCGGUACAGGCAGAGAGCAGGUGGCUGAGGCCAGGCCCCCUGUGUCCAAGACACUCUCAUCAGGCUGCAGAGGCUCAGCCACUGUCCCCUUGGAGCAAUGUGGAGCACCUCAGCCUGCGGUCCGGGUUCCUGCACAGGCCUCUUCUGGCGGGGACCAGCCAGCGCCCCACCACCGGUGCGCCCUUCCUGUGCUUGCUGUCUUCUCUGGCCCUGAACACUUGAGACCCCAGUUCUCUGUGAUCAGCUCUUCCCGGUCACUUCAGAAGCUGAACUUGAGCGUGGAGCCACCUUCCCUCACAGAUGAGGAUGUGCAGGAGCCUAGCAGACUGUGGACCCCACUUCCCGGGGGCUCUUCCUCAGGAAUGUCUUCGGUGGCAAGACCAUCUGUGAAAACUGAGGGCUGUGAUCAGGGAGCCUCCAGUGAUUUGGACAAGAGCACCGCUGAUCCCAGGCACCUGCCACCUGCGCCCCCUCCUCACCCAGGGAUGGCACAUCCCCCGUGUGUGCCAACCCCCAACUUCACGGCCAGCCAGCUGUCUGGUUCUCUGGAACAGGCCUGGCCAGGAGAGCCAGAGAGACUGGGUGCCCAGGCCAGACCUGGGGAGCUAUGCUCUGGAGCGGGCACAGAAGACCUGCUCUUUGGCUCCAGCGAUAUCCACCCCCGUGUCCUGCCCUGGCAUCCCGUGGGGCCUGAGCGUGUUGGCUGGAAGCAGUGUGUGUUUGGCGGUGUGGUCGAUGUCUCCCGUGGCUGCAAAUCCCAGUGCUGCAGCACGGAUGGCGUAGAAGGCCAGGACUCCGCAUUCCACUCCUGCCCCAGUACCUGCGCCAGCGCCCGCGGCCUGGCCAGCACACGCAGCACCGAAAACACCCAAGGUUCCCAUCAGGCCUGGAAAGUGUGGGGUUCCUCGUUUGCCCUGGGGAACCCCCAUGCGCUGGCCAGCUCUGGAGGGACAGCCCCCACCAAGGGCCCUAACAAAAGAGUCCAGUUCCUGGGCAGCCCUGGUGAAGCGGGCUGUCUGAGGAAGGAGCUGCCCUUGACAGAAGGAAGUGCUGUAGGUCCAGUGGAUGAGGUUAUGAUGCUGUGUCCCUCAGAGGCCCAUGGCCCUGUGGGACCGCCUGGGAUGAGCACCUUGGAGCAGGGCACACAGACCCUGGGCUCCGGGCCCCACGGGAACCAUCCUGCCAUCUGCUGUGCCCAGUCGGAUGCGGCCUCCUGGGCCAGCAUGCAUAGCCUGUCUCUCCGCCUCUCGCAGCUCCUACACAGCACCUCGGAGCUGCUGGGGAGUCUCUCCCAGCCAAGUGUGGCUGAAAGGGAGUGGAAUACCAAGAGGGAGACUCCAGAUGAGGCGCCCCAGGCCCUUAGGAUGGACAGCUGUACCCAGACCACCAUGGAUGAGGGAAUCCAGACGGACCUGGCCUCACCACCUCUGCACCUCCAGGCCCCAGAAGCCAACCCUCAGAAGGUCGAUGUAGUCCUCGAGGGGCUGGGCCCAGAUAUUUCCAUCACAUCGCAAGAAAAGGGACAUGUCCUGGGGACACUUGAGAAAAGAGAAGCAGAGGAAACAGUACGGAAAACUGUGGGGCUGCAAGAUCUUCAGGAAGAAAGCACUCAAUGCAGGUCCCGGAGCCCUCUAGAACCCUCGUCCCACUUGAGCUUUUGGAAAGGCUGCUUUGGGCAGAACCUGCCUUCCCUGAGCCCCCAGGCUUCUCCUGAUGCCUCCCCACCUCCCAGCUCCCAGCCAGAGGAACCCUCUUCUCUGGCUGGCAGCAGCCCUGGCACAGCUCCCUCCUCAAAGCCUUGUACCCACACUUUGGAGUCUCUUGGGGAGCCCAGGGUUCUGAAGAAGCAGGGCCUCUCAAGUGCCCCACUGGUAGACAGGGCCUCCUCUCCCAUCCUUACCCUUAGUGCCCACACCCAAGGGUUGGGGCUCCCCUCAGGUGCUUUGUGUCUCAGCACCCCCUCGGCUCAUUCCCUUGAAGGCCACCAGAAGCUCACCUCCAUCCCAAGCCUUCCCCUUUAUGCCCCCAGGCUUCCAAUGGGUAAUUCUCAAGCCACCGAUGAGUCAGCUGACACUCAGAGAGUGGGGGUUCUGUGUGGAGAAGGCAAAAGUUCCUCAGAAGGGGGUGAUCGCAGGCCCUCCCAGGAGGUGAGCUCCCAAGGCAGCCCACGGCCGAGCGCAAAACUCCAAGUUCGUUUCGUGGAGCAGCCCCCACGGGAGCAGCAGCAGCAACAGCAGCCGGGGACUACCACUGGGGGCCCCAGCAGACUGCAUCCUCCACCCACCAGGAGCCAGACCCACAGGCUGGCCCUCGGCUUCGGGCCUGAGGACACGACCUCCCUAGAAUGUGGCCCACUGAGCAGUAGGGGGCCGAGUCAACGGUGGAGCAGGACAGAGAAUGGGUGUGAGAGCUCAGCAUCUCCAGCGAAGCCACGGCCCUCUCUGCACGAUUCCUUCUCCUGGGAAGGCCUCCAGCGCCACAGCCCCUGCCCUUUCUCUGAAUUGACUCAUACUCCAGGGCUCCAGGGUUACAUCUUGGGCCCAACUGAGGCCUGCCAGCCUGAGGGGCCACUGCACCCCAGUUCCCGGAUUUGCAUGGACCAGAACCUGAGGGACCUUCCCAUGCAUAACAAAUUUAGCGACUGGUGUGGGGUUCAGGAUGGCUCUCCCAGGGAGCCAGGUGUGAUGGAUUUGCUGGGAACCGGGCGUGACUGUGGCUCUGGAGAGCAGGGGCAGAGGCCCGCACAACCUCCUGAUGACCAGAGCCAGACCGAGUGGUCCAAGAGGGAGCAGAUCCCCCUGCAGGUAGGGGCCCGGAGCCUCUCACUCAGCGUGGAGCUCACAGAAGCAAAACUGCACCACGGCUUCGGGGAGACAGACGCCCUGCUACAGGUGCUGCAGAGCGGGACGGGGGAGGCGCUCACUGCUGAGGAGGAGCCACGUACCUGGUCAAAACAAGCCAUGGAGAACCUGCCAAGGGAGCGGGCUGGGCCCCCUCAGAGCUUUCGUCGGACGCGAAGCCUCAGCCCUCAGAAGCAGCCGAUCUCCACGUCCCACCAGGAUCUCCCCACCCGGGACUUGGACCUACCCAGCAGGCGCCGAGAAUACCUGCAGCGGCUGAGGAGGGACGUUGUGGAGACCACCAGGAACCCACGGUCGGCGUCAAGGUCGGCUCACCCUCCCUCUGACAUAGAGCUGAUGCUACAAGAAUACCAGCGGGCCCGUGAGGAGGCCAGGGUGGAGAUUGCCCGGGCCCGGGACCGACUGCGGGAGCGGACGGAACAGGAGAAGCUGAGAAUCCGCCAGCAGAUCGUCUCCCAGCUGCUGCAGGAAGAGGAAAAACUCCACACACUGGCCACCUCCAGCUCCCGGUGCACCAGCUCUGAUGGAAGCCUCUCAUCUGGUGUCACCUCUGGCUACAAUAGCAGCCCAGCCCUGCCAGGCCAGCUCCAGUCCCCAGACAUUGUGGCGGACACAAACUCACCUGAUUCCAGAGACGCCUGGCUCGGGGAUGUGCGAGGCCGCUCUGCAGGGAGGAACAGCCAGCCGAACCUGGCCGGGGCUGCCUGGAGAAGCUUAGCCUACAGCCGCAGAGCCUCCCUGGGCAGCUGGUGCUGUUCUCCCUCCAGCCUGUCCAGCCUGGGGACCAGCUUCUCCUCCUCCUACAAGGAUCUGGCCAAGCACAUUGUGGACAUCUCGAUGGCUGACGUAAUGGCUGCUUGCUCAGAUAACCUGAACAACCUCUUCAGCCGCCAGGCAGCAGCUGGCUGGAACCAUCAGGGUGAGGAGCAGGAGGUGCAGCUAUACUACAAGGUGUUUUCUUCUACUCGGCAUGGCUUCCUGGGGGCGGGCGUGGUGUCGCAGCCGCUGUCUCACGUGUGGGCAGCUGUAAGUGACCCCACCUUGUGGCCCCUGUACCACAAGCCCAUCCAGACAGCGAGGCUGCAUCAGCGGGUCACCAACAACAUCAACUUGGUGUACUUGGUGUGCAACACCACCCUGUGCGCACUGAAGCAGCCACGGGAUUUCUGUUGUGUCUGCGUGGAAGCCAAAGAGGGGCAACUAUCUGUCAUGGCAGCUCAGUCUGUGUACGAUGCAUCCAUGCCCAGACCCAGCAAGGAGGUGGUCCGAGGAGAGAUCCUGCCCAGUGCCUGGAUCCUGCAGCCCCUCACUGUGGAAGGGAAGGAGAUCACCAGAGUCAUCUACUUGGCCCAGGUAGAACUUGGUGCUCCAGGAUUUCCCCCUCAGGUCCUAAGCGCCUUCAUCAAACAGCAGCCACUGGUUAUAGCCAGACUGGCUUCCUUCCUUGGUAGUUAGCAUCUCACUGUCAAGAUGAUGCUCCAGGACGCCCCCGGGACACUGUGGCAGCUCUCAGGACUCUGUGUCCUGAGGCAGGAGCUGAGACUACCCGCUGUGGCAGACAGCACUCAGCCCCGAGCUGCCAGUGAAACCCCAUCACUCUGGCACCUCUGCAGUAUGAGGGGCCUGAGCUCCUGGCCGUGGCCGUCCAGAGUGAAUGAAGCUCAACUCACCUUUUCGGAUUUCUCACCUUUCUUUCCCGUCUCUGGGACCCUGUGGCAGACAGGCCAUGCGAGGAUCAGGACCGGGCCCAGCCAGGAGAGCUGGGGGACUGCAGUGCUCUGCCUCGGUGCUGCCUUAGUUUGGUGCAGCCCUCGGGUUGGUAGGGAAGUGAGUGGCCACUGGUGAGACCCUGCUCAGCAUCUGCCUUCAGCGUUCAGCUCCGCUAUGGGAUGGAGUGUUAGGAAAUAGCAAAACAGGAAAACAGUUUUAAAAAACAGCUGCACAAACCAGAACACUGAUUUAGAAUGUUUGUCCUCCUUGAAUUUUUACCAAAUGCUUUAUAAUUGAUUUUGCUUUGCCCCCUCUACCUUUCCCUUGCAGGAGGGGACGGUUGUCUGGAUCUUUGUCUGAGUCGGGAGUCCUGAGCCAUGCUCUGUCAUGGAGCCAUCAUCCAGAGCUCAGGAGGGUGGGAAGGCCACUGUAGAAGCUAAGCUGGUCGGAUAGAUGUGGGGUCAGGGUGGGGGCCUAGCUCUUUGAGGAGGGCUGGGGAUGGAAGGACACCUCUCCUCUGAGAGAUAAAAAUUGUCCUGUGAAAGCAGGUGGGAAGCUCAUGUACCCCCUAGAAGAGGUAAGUAAUUUGUUAAGAGGAACCUCUCAGUUUCAUUCCUUACCUCCUUCAGAGCCUUGGUCCCAGGCUUUGGUUUUCUCUUGUUCCAUAGACUGCUGUAGACACUUCUAGGAUGAGAUGGAGAAUGGGUCGUUUUCUUGUACCUUGGCCUGGCUGAUCUUGAGCUUUGAAUAUUCUGUGUGGUUACCUGGGAAUGUGGGGACGGGAGAGCUUCUCAGCUUCAGUUCCUGUGCCUGGAAUCUUUGGUGGAGGAGUGUGACCAUAGGGGAUUGAGAUGUGGUGGGAUGGUAAAUUUCUGAAUAGUACAGCAGAGAUUUAUUUUUCUAA